AUGUCAAUAUAUUCAAAAUUUACAAUCAAUGAUGUUUUAUUAAAUAAAGAAUCAUUACAAAAGAAAAAUAAAUAUACAUGUCCAAUUUGUUUUGAAUUAAUUUAUAAAAAAUCAAUUUAUCAAUGUAGUUCUGGUCAUUAUGCAUGCCAAGAAUGUUGGGAGAAAUCAUUAGAAAUUAAACAAGAAUGUAUGAUUUGUAGAUGUAAAGUAAAAUCAUUUAAAAAUUUAUCAAGAUGUUUAGUAAUUGAACAAAAUUUUUCUAAAAAAGAAUGUAAUUGUAUUUAUUCAUUCCACUUGGAUUAUUUUAUUGAUGGUGCCAAUCAAGAAAAUGAAGAUGAAGAAAAUGAAGAUGAAGAAAAUGAAGAUGAUGAAGAUGAAAAUGAAGAUGAAGAAAAUGGAGAAGAUGAUGAAGAUAAAGAUGAGGAUGAAGAAAAUGAAAAUGAAAAUGAAGAAAAUAAAGACGAAGAAAAUGAAAAAAGAAAAUUAAUUAAAGAUGAAGAGAAUGGUUGUAAAGAAAUAAUAAAUGUAGAUCAAUUAGAUAGACAUAUACAAAAUUGUAAAUUUAAAUUUGUAAAAUGUUCACAUAUCGGAUGUGAUAGAGUUUUAAGAUUAAAUUCAUUGAAAGAACAUGAAAAUCAAUGUGGUUUCAAAUUAGUUAAAUGUGAAUAUUGUGCUUGUGAUGGUAUCAUUCAAGUGCAAUUAGAAAAUCAUUAUGAUGAGUGCCCAAAAUUUGUAAUAGGUUGUCCACAAGGUUGUUUAAAUUUUUUUGAAAGAGAUCAAAUAAAAUCACAUAUUGAGAAUGAUUGUAAUAAUUCUACAAUACAAUGUAAAUAUUAUGAAUAUGGUUGCAAAGUUGAAAUGAAGAGAUCAGAGUUACAGCGUCAUUUAGAGAAUGUAAAUCAUCAAUUAUUUAUGGGCAAAUUAAUUGAUAAACUAUCAUCAACAUUAGAUCAAUCAAUGAAAAUUCAAGAAUUACUUCUCAAAGAAAUUGAAAAAUCAAAGAUUACUUGUAGUGAACUUCAAAGAAAGAAUGAUGAACUUUCAUCAUUAAUUACUGAAAUCGAUGAUAAUUAUUUUAAUAAAAAUGAUUUUAUUAAUUCAUGGAAAUUAACUUCUCAAGGAUAUACGAAUAAAUGGAUCAUUUCAAACUAUUCAAAUCUUGUUGAGAAUACCCCGCACCCUGAAUACAUAUAUUCUCCAUCAUUCGAUAUUGUGUCUCGUGAAUUUGUAAUAUCUAUCUAUCCAAAUGGCAGUCUAACUGGAAAAGAUCACCUCUCUUUAUUUUUACAUAAUAAUAACGAAGACCCUAACAAAUUAGAAUUCACUCUUGAAUUGGUUAAUCUUUUGGAUAAAUCAAAAUCCAUUACAAGAAAAGGUCUAGAAGUUUUUGAAGAAAUUGAGAGAAAAGGUUGGUCUAAAUUUUUAGCUUCAAAAUUAAUUAAUAAAAAGAAUGGUUGGUUAAGUGAUGAUGAUAAAUUAACAAUAAACAUUUAUGUUAAAAUAUUAUAUGAUGAUAUUGAACCACUUGAAUCAUGA